CACAUGGGUACAAAUUUUCAUUUACCCGAAAAGGUUUGGUGCUCAACAUGUACGCGGAGUUGCUGCAGGAUCAAUAAGCAAAUUUAAUGGAAAUUUGGCACGAAUGUGGAUCAUCUUUUCAACGUAUUUACCCGUAAAUAGGCAGGUGCUUUACCGAGGAUAGCUUGAGGUAGCAACUUUGUGGUCGACGGGGUCUACAAGAGGGGGGAAAAUGAAGCUUUCGGACUCGGUGAUGCGAAGUUUUCGCGUGGCAAAAUUAUACAAGGAUCAAAACACCGAACGCAUAAACAGCAUUGACUUUUCGCACAAUGGAGAGACGAUGAUAUCGAGCAGUGAAGAUGAUUCCAUCGUCAUUUAUGACUGCUUGGAGGGAAAGCCAAAGAAAACACUCUACAGUAAGAAGUAUGGUGUGGAUAUGAUCCGGUUUACCCACGCAGUCAACACGGUCAUCUAUACCUCUAAUAAGAUGGAUGACAACAUCCGAUAUCUCUCCCUGCAUGACAAUAAGUACAUCCGGUAUUUCUCCGGCCACACCAAAAAAGUCGUCAGUUUAAGUAUGUCACCGAUUGAUGAUAGUUUCCUGUCGGGUUCAUUGGAUAAGACGGUCAGAUUGUGGGAUCUUAGGUCACCAAAUUGUCAGGGUCUAAUGCAUUUACAAGGGAGGCCUGUUGCUUCAUUUGACCCGGAGGGUCUCAUCUUUGCAUGUGGCGUCAACUCAGAGCUCAUCAAGCUUUACGACUUAAGAUCCUUUGACAAGGGUCCGUUUACAACCUUCAGACUACAGCAGGACCGCGACUGCGACUGGACGUCGCUCAAGUUCAGCGCCGACGGCAAGUUGAUCCUUAUAUCCACCAACGGCGCGGUCAUCCGGUUGGUGGAUGCGUUCAGCGGACAACCCAAGCAGACCUUCAUGGGUCAUCUCAAUCAGAAGGGUUUGUUAUUAGAGUCUUCGUUCAGUCCAGAUGCAAAGUAUGUCCUGUCAGGAUCGCAGGAUGGCAAAGUGCACGUGUGGAAUGCAGAGAACGGCACCAAGACGGCCGUCUUAGAAUCCAAGCAUUGUGAAUCACCCAUGCACUGCGUCCAAUUCAACCCCAAAUUCAUGAUGCUGGCCACGGCAGCACAACACAUGGCAUUCUGGUUACCAAGCAUAGAUGAAUGAAGACACCCGAGCCUGACCGAGACCCAGUAGUAGUCCAAGACAGAGCAAUUGCUGCAGUGUGCUGACUGACCGAAGUGUGUUGAAAAAAGCUGUGCCGUGGUCCUUGCUAUGUAGAGCCUGAAUGCUAUGGUGGUAGAGCUAUGGAGUACCGAAGUGAAUAUGUCACGCGCACAAAAUGCAUGUAAAAGACAUUAGCGCGUGAAUCAGCCUGUGAACCAACACUCGCGCGUACUCCAUUCGCUUGCUCUACACUUUCUGGUUCUAAAUGACGUCACACUUCGGUACUCCAUAAAGCAAUUGCAUGACACCUCGCGAUGUUGGACAAGACAAAGAAUGGUGUACAGACAAAGCAGAGUCAUAGAGUUAUACAGUUGACUCUCGUUAAUACAAACACUGUUAAUACCAAUUCUGGUUAUAACAAACAUAGACCCUUGGCCCCGGCUGUGCUUUAUGUGCACAACAAAUGGGACCGGCACUUCACUUAAUACAAAAUUCUGAUAUAACAAACAUUUUGGCUAGGUCUGACUGAGUUUGUAUUAAUGAGAGUCGACUGUAUUUAACCAAGAGAUUGCACUCGCUGUACGCACACGUGCCGACGUGGACGCGCAGCUGCCAUUCUUUAGGUGGACAAUUUUUGAAUUCUUUCCAAAUGUAGCUCUCUGUGCAUGCGUGCAUACGUACGUACGUACUUGUAUGCGGAGACUGAGUGCACACACAGAAUCACGAUGUUGCUCAGAUGAAGGCAAACAUUGAUGUCUAAUGAUCUUUAUUCUCAUCCAAAUAAAUAGUCAAUGAAUAUUGUUUAAAAAAAGCAGAUUGGAUUAACAAAACUGCCGGUGGUUUCUGCCACUGUUAACUGAAAGUGGGCACAUCCUGGUACUUUACAAUCGUGCCAUGUUCUGAUUAUUACUCUCUUGAGGUUUUUAUUCCCCUAAACAAUGGCGGCCGCACGUCCAUUUCGGCACGUGCGCGUAGUAUAGCGAGUGCGCUUUCUAGUUAAAAAAAAAAUAUAACUCUUGUGGUGAAACUAGACACGAAAACUGCAUUUAAGUACGAACCAACCCUUAGGUUAUGCGAGGCAUGUGUCAAGAAAUUCUGGAACCAAACAACCUGCCUUUGCAACGGAAAAGUUUUCUCUGUUGGGCAACUGUAACCCCAUCCAUGAACUGAACUGUAUUAAAUGAACCGGUUAAAAUUGCUUACUUCAGCUGAGGUGAUGUCCGAGUUGUCGUGUCCUCACUCUCAAGUCGGUCACAAGACAUCCAGUCUCAAGUCAAGUCACAAUCUGAGCUGCUGUAUUGAAAUAACUUGUUCAUUCUCGGUUCCUUCUUCCUGGACUUGACCACUACUCUUGGUGAUGUACACAUGGGUGAUGUACUCGUGCGUUGAUGUCGUUAGUAAGUCAGGCGUGAUGUAAAUAAUGUAAAGUGUAGUCUAGAGAUAACUAAAGUGAAACCGUUUUAGUAAGCACAGGAUGGCAGUAUGCACAAAAAAAGGAGGCCAUGCUCUGUUGAAUAUAAUGAGCUCGAUUGUGACACCCCAUGCCAAAUGCCUGCAUUCCCUCUAAUUUCUACGUAUGAAGUGUUCCAUUCUGAAAUGUUUCCAAGACUGUUUGUUGAUUGUAUGACUGUUUACAUACGCAAGACAAAUGGGUUACGAUGCCACUUUUUAUUGGUUUGUAUUUUUUUUAUUACUUAAAUUUUUGGGAUGGGGCAGGAAGUAUUUUGUAUCGGCAUGGGGUGUCGCCGUUUGUUUUUGUGACGUGAUGUAUUUUAGUGAUAGAAUGUGAUAUAUUAUCUGAGCAUCAGUGACAAAGUAACAGAAAUCAUCGAUAGAUAUCUCCCCCCCCCCCCCCCUUUUUACUAUCAAAAUGUAAAUUAUAUUAGAAUCAGAUAUUGAUUGGACAGGUAUUAUAGACCCGCAUGCAUUGGUAACAUUUCGUGUUUCGCUAUUAGUUCCAAUUGAAUAAUCACAGUGAAAAACAGGCUCCAUUCAAUUUCUGUUGUUGCCAUUACAAUUUUCUGGGAGAUUUUUUUUAAAAGAGCUUUUCAGCUUCCACACCAAAGCCCUAUUGUUGCAUCUCUGCCAUUCACAGGUAAAUUGCUUUCCCUUAAAGCUACAGUCCAUCAUUUGCAGCUAUCCAAAAAGUAACUGACGUAAUUAUUGUUGCAAAACAUACUUGGUUGCACUCCCUCUGAAAUUAGUCUUUCUGGCAAGCUGUCAUUUUAAAGAAUUCAAUGAAAGAAGGCCUUUCCAACUUUGUUUUUUUUUUAUUCGGCGAAGUUAGUUACAACGCACAUGUGUGCGCGCGGUUGUUAUAAUUCGUCAGUUCAGUGCGCGACAUUGCGUACCUGCAAUCGGCUCAGUGAGAACGUGUCUCGGACGCUGAAUUCAGGUCCAAUUAAAAACACGACUCGGCAACUUUCGAUUUGAAAUCGAGAUCCUAGAAUAUUGUUUUCUCAGAAUAUACAGCAUUAACUGAGCUGAAACUUCGUCAUGUUAGUUUUUAAGCACCCUUCUUUAGAUUUUGAGCAUUUUUGUUGCUUCAAACGAACAUAAUGCACAAAUUACAAAUGAUGGACUGUACCUUUAAUGGCGGGCGCGGACUUCCAGGGAUUGGCUUAUCUAGCCCCAAGAACUCAAUGGUUCUCGAGUCUGGAGUGCUGAAUGGUAACACAUAGCAACCGAUUAUAAACCCACAUGCUGAGGAAAAGAUGUUUUCAUCGGCUCGGCUGAUUAUGAAUAAUGCCGCCCACGCUUAUAUACAGAAGGUUAUUGGAAAAAGGACAUGGAUUUCUAUUUUUUAGUCUUUCGGUGCAAGUAACAAAAUAAUAUUAUCACUUUUUUUUUUUUCAUUGAAAUGCAAUCCAAUCCACAUUUUUUUACAUGUAAAUAAAUACACUGUCUCUUUUGUAUUUAGAAUGUCUUGUCUGGUGACUUUUGUAAAAUAAAGACAUUGAAACCUGAGAAGAGA